GGCCCCGGCUCGGAGCUGAGCGGCCCCGCGAUGUGGCUCGGGCCGGAGGGGGUGCUGGUGGCCAACGCGCUGUGGGUGACCGAGCGCGCCAACCCCUUCUUCGUGCUGCAGCGGCGCCGGGGCCACGGCAAGGGCGGCGGCCUCACGGGUCUUCUCGUGGGCACCCUGGACGUGGUGCUGGACUCCAGUGCACGCGUGGCCCCUUACCGCAUCCUGCAUCAGACCCAGGACUCACAGGUCUAUUGGACAGUGGCAUGUGGUUCCUCCCGAAAAGAGAUCACCAAACACUGGGAAUGGCUGGAAAACAACUUGCUUCAGACACUGUCCAUCUUUGACAAUGAGGAAGACAUCACUACCUUCGUCAAGGGCAAAAUACAUGGUAUCAUUGCAGAAGAGAAUAAGAAUCUGCAGCCCCAGGGAGAUGAGGACCCUGGGAAAUUCAAGGAAGCUGAGCUGAAGAUGCGGAAGCAGUUCGGGAUGCCGGAGGGUGAGAAGCUGGUCAACUACUACUCCUGCAGCUAUUGGAAGGGCCGCGUGCCCAGGCAGGGCUGGCUCUACCUGACCGUCAACCACCUGUGCUUCUACUCCUUCCUGCUUGGGAAGGAAGUGAGCCUGGUGGUGCAGUGGGUGGAUGUCACACGCCUGGAGAAGAAUGCCACUCUGCUCUUCCCCGAGAGCAUCCGCGUGGACACCCGGGACCAGGAGCUCUUCUUCUCCAUGUUCCUCAACAUUGGUGAGACCUUCAAGCUCAUGGAACAGCUGGCCAACCUGGCCAUGCGACAGCUGCUGGACAGUGAGGGCUUCCUGGAGGACAAGGCUCUGCCCAGGCCCAUCCGGCCACACAAGAACAUCUCAGCUCUGAAGCGAGACCUGGAUGCCCGAGCCAAAAAUGAGUGCUACCGGGCCACAUUCCGGCUGCCCAAAGAUGAGCGGCUGGAUGGCCACACAGGCUGUACCCUGUGGACGCCAUUCAACAAGCUGCACAUCCCCGGUCAGAUGUUCAUCUCCAACAACUACAUCUGCUUCGCCAGCAAGGAAGAAGACGCAUGCCGCCUCAUUAUUCCCCUCAGAGAGGUGACCAUUGUCGAAAAAGCCGACAGCUCCAGUGUUCUGCCAAGCCCUCUGUCCAUCAGCACCAAGAGUAAAAUGACCUUCCUGUUUGCCAACCUGAAAGACAGGGACUUCCUAGUUCAGAGGAUCUCCGACUUCCUGCAGAAAACGCCAUCCAAGCAGUCAGGAGGCAGCAUAGGGGACAUGAAAGCCAGCAUUGUUGACCCCGCCCGAGAGUCUCUCCCAGCUCCUCAGGAGGCGCUAGACCUACCCACCAGCCCGUCCUCUCCCCUCAGCUGCCCCCUGAGUUUCAGUGCACAGGAGGUGCCUACUGCUUCCCAGGGCCUGCUCAAAGUCUUCCAGAGAAACUCCCCCAUGGAGGACCUCGGCGCCAAGGGGGCCAAGGAGAGGAUGAAGGAGGAAUCGUGGAACAUCCACUUCUUUGAGUAUGGACGUGGCAUGUGCAUGUACCGCACAGCCAAAACUCGAGAGCUGGUCCUGAAGGGCAUUCCUGAGAGCCUCCGCGGAGAGCUGUGGCUCCUUUUCUCUGGGGCCUGGAAUGAGAUGGUCACCCACCCUGGCUACUAUGCUGAGCUAGUGGAGAAGUCCACAGGAAAGUACAGCCUGGCUACUGAGGAAAUCGAGCGAGACCUCCACCGCUCCAUGCCGGAGCACCCUGCCUUCCAGAAUGAGCUGGGCAUCGCUGCACUGCGGCGAGUUCUGACUGCCUACGCAUUCCGAAACCCUACGAUUGGCUACUGCCAGGCCAUGAACAUUGUGACCUCAGUGCUGCUGCUCUAUGGCAGCGAGGAGGAAGCCUUCUGGCUCCUGGUGGCCCUGUGUGAGCGCAUGUUGCCCGACUACUACAACACCAGGGUGGUGGGAGCCCUCGUGGACCAAGGCAUCUUCGAAGAGCUCACAAGAGACAUCCUACCCCAGCUUUCAGAGAAGAUGCAGGACCUAGGGGUGAUCUCCAGCAUCUCGCUGUCCUGGUUCCUGACCCUCUUCCUGAGCGUCAUGCCCUUCGAGAGUGCUGUGGUCAUUGUUGACUGCUUCUUCUAUGAAGGCAUCAGGGUGGUCCUGCAAGUGGCCCUGGCUGUGCUGGAUGCCAACAUGGAGCAGCUGCUGGACUGCAGCGACGAGGGCGAGGCCAUGACGGUGCUGGGCAGAUACCUAGACAAUGUGGUGAACAAGCAGAGUGUCUCUCCUCCUAUCCCACACCUCCAUGCUCUGCUGACCAGUGGAGAUGAGCCUCCUGCAGAGGUGGACAUCUUUGACCUCCUGAAAGUGUCCUAUGAGAAGUUCAGCAGCCUGAGGGCCAACGACAUUGAACAGAUGCGGUUUAAACAGAGGCUGAAGGUGAUCCAGUCUUUGGAGGACACAGCCAAGAGAAGCGUGGUUCGGGCCAUUCCAGGGGACAUUGGCUUCUCAAUCGAAGAGCUGGAGGACCUUUACAUGGUGUUUAAGGCCAAGCAUCUGGCGAGCCAGUACUGGGGUGGUAGCCGCACAGCAGCGGUCCACCGGGACCCCAGCCUGCCCUAUCUGGAGCAGUACCGGAUUGACGGGAGCCAGUUUCGGGAACUCUUCACCAGCCUGAUACCCUGGGCCUGUGGCUCGCACACGUCCGUGCUGGCAGGCCGCAUGUUCCGCCUCCUCGACCAAAACAAGGACUCACUGAUCAACUUCAAGGAAUUUGUGACAGGGAUGAGUAGCAUGUACCACGGGGACCUCACAGAGAAGCUCAAGGCACUCUACAAGCUGCACCUUCCCCCAGCUCUGAUCCCAGAAGAAGCUGAGUCAGCCUUGGAGGCCACCCACUACUUCACAGAGGACAGCUCCUCAGAAGCAUCUCCUCUGGCCUCAGAUCUGGAUCUUGUCCUGCCCUGGGAGGCUCAAGUGCCUACAGAAGCACUGCCACAGGAACAACAAGAAGGAAGUGGAAGUAAGGACGCCCAAGAAAAACGAGAGGAGAAGGGGACCAGCUCUCCUGACUAUCGACACUACCUUCGAAUGUGGGCCAAGGAGAAAGAGGCUCAGAAAGAGACCAUUAAGGACCUUCCCAAGAUGAACCAGGAGCAAUUUAUUGAGCUGUGCAAGACACUCUACAACAUGUUCAGCGAAGACCCUAUAGAGCAGGACUUGUACCAUGCCAUUGCCACUGUGGCCAGCCUGCUCCUGCAAAUCGGUGAGGUGGGGAAGAAAUUUUCUGCCUGGACAAGCAGGAAGCCCAGGGAUGGUGCCCACACUGGGGACCACAACAGUGCCCUAGAGGAGGACCAGCCACCAGCACUGAAACCCCACCAAGACCCAACACAGGAGCUUCAGCCACCAGCUGCAGGGGACCCCCAGGCCAAAGCCAGCGGUGACAGUCCCCUUGGGAAAGCAGCACAGGAGAGUCACAUGGUGGUGGAAGGGGGCAGUGGCGAGGGGCAGGGCUCUCCUUCCCUACUCUUGUCUGAUGAUGAAACCAAAGAUGACAUGUCGAUGUCAUCCUACUCAGUGGUCAGCACGGGAUCGCUGCAGUGUGAGGACCUCACAGAUGAUACAGUGCUGGUCGGGGGCGAGGCCUGCAGCCCUACUGCCACUUCACGGGUGGGGGGCACUGUGGACACAGACUGGUGCAUCUCCUUCGAGCAGAUCCUGGCCUCCAUCCUGACGGAGUCUGUGCUAGUGAACUUCUUUGAGAAGAGGGUAGACAUUGGACUCAAGAUCAAGGACCAAAAGAAGGUAGAGAGGCAGUUUAGCGCCUCCAGUGACCAUGAGCCACCUGGGGUCUCGGGCUGAGCUGGGAAGUGGAGGCCAGUCUCUGUCUCCUUCCCUACAUCCCCUUUCCAUUUUCUCCUUAAAGACACACCCAUUCUUUUGAGGCAGGGAGUUCUAAAAACAGAGAAAGUCCAUGCAGACCCAGUUGCCUUAUGAGGAUUCCCUGGGCCAGGGCUCCCUCUUCCUCCCUGCUGGCUGGGAACCACCUGGAGAACCCGCCAUGAGCCCUCUGUGCCCACAUAGCAUUAGCGGCGUUCAGAUCUGCCCCUGCCUGGCUUGCACACCUGCACCCCAUGCUGUGCCCACACCAUACCAGUUGCUCAAAGAUCUACAGCUACUUGGCCUGGCACUUGUCAUGCGCUUAGGCUCCAGGAAAUGGAGACUUCUAGAUACCUUCUGAGCUCUUAGCCUAAGCCUGAACCUUAGGAUUGAGGAUCUCGGGUGGGAAAACAUCUGUUACACGGGAGCGGGUGCCUUGCACCACUUCCCUGACUUAUGUGGUGUCUCCUCACUAUGAACUUUGGAAAGCACAUCCCUCAGGUCUUCUGUUUCCUCAUCUGCAUUUCAGUUGGCUAAAAAUCACACCAUGCUCAAUGCCUUAAUAAACCCCCAAAAGAAAGCAAAAGCACACUGCGCAGUGCCUUCCUUGGCCUUUCACCACUGCCUAGACUGGCUGCCUUUCCUGGGUCAGGUGUGAGGCCCAGGUAGCACUGUGGAAGUUCAGGACACAUGAACCCAUAAGAAGUGGGGGAAGUUGCAAGGCCCAACAAUAAACAUGGGAACUGUAGUCACAGGAAGUGUUGACCAGCAGGUCCGUGUCCAGGGGUGUGUGGGAUGUGGGCGAUGCCUGUCAGCACUGGGCAGUACCAAAUCACUGGCCCCUGGGUUCAAGAAGUAGACUUGAUGUAGCACUUUUGCCAGGCGUGGUGUCGCACGCCUUUAAUCCCAGCACUCGAGGCAGAGGCAGGCAGAUCUCUCUCAGUUCGAGGCCAACCUGGUCUACAUAACAAGUUCUAGGUCAGGUGAGGCUACAGGAAGACCCUGUCUCAAAAAGACUAAAAAAAAAAAGUAGACUGUGGGACCACACAUGGCCAGUGGGGGCCUCCUGGGCUGAGGUAGAACAGGACUGAGCUGUGAGGUCCCCUUGCAGUGUAACAGGAGCAGAGGUUGGUGUCUAGCAUUUGCCCAUGAGCACGCAACACCUCUUUUUUAAAAAAAACAUCCUGGAUUAUUUUCUAUUUUAUAUGUGAUAGUUCAUGCUAGGUGUGGUAGCACACAACCUGUAAUUUUGCACCCCGGAUCUGAAGCAGGAAGAUUGCCUCAAGUUUGCUAUGCUACCUAGCUAGACACUCUCAAAAUAAAUAGAUAAAAAUAAA